AUGAAAAUUGAGGAAAGCGUCGCCAUAAUAACAGGAGGGGCCCAGGGCAUAGGUAAAGCAGUGGCGAUAUCUUUACUCAAACUCGGAGCCAAAGUAUGCAUUGCUGAUGUUAAUAGUAUACAGGGUGAAAACACAAUAAAGGAACUUGGACAAGUCUAUGAGGAUAGUGUUAUAUUUCAACAAUGUGAUGUAACAAAGGAGGACGACAUUAGGAGUGUUUUUAAAGUGACAAAAAACAGAUUUGGUGACGUCACAAUCAUGGUUAACAACGCAGGUAUUCUAGAUGAGCAGAAUUGGACUCGGCUUGUUGCAAUCAAUUUUGAGGCUCAGAUCCGAUGUACUAUGACCGCCUUGGAGUUUAUGGGUUGCAAUAAUGGAGGGAGAGGAGGCCUUGUAAUAUUCACGUCUUCAAUAGUCGGUGUUAUUCCUAUUGGUACGUUCCCUGUAUAUGCUGCAGCAAAACACGGGAUAGUCGGAUUCGUUCGUAGUAUGGCGAUGAGUCCCAGGCAAAAUGACUGGGGUGUACGCUUCAAUGCUGUUUGUCCGUCAUCGGUGGAAACUGGCAUGACAACGGAAGACAACUUUGCUAGGGCAAUUACAGAUCCUGUCGUUCUCGACAAAGUAAUGCAGGACAAUAAGAAUACAUACAAUGACAAAAUUAGUCCGUCUGAGGUGGCUGAAACGUACGUCAGGAUAAUAAAAGAUGAUGCAUUGAAUGGAAAAACCCUCGUGGUUCUAAAAGGGAAGACAACGUUCGUGGACGCUGCAGUAGUGGAUAUGUGA